AUGGAGCAGCCACAGACUCCCAUCAACGCCGGACAGCGCCUUCUCACCAACGUCGUUGAUGAAGUUGCCCAGUUCAACCCCCAGCAGAAGCUCGGUGUUAUCCCCAGUGAUCUCAAAGUAUCGCAAGGCUUCCGGGACGUGUCGUUUGGCGAAAUUGCCCACGCAGUGAAUGCACUCUCAUGGUGGAUUGAGGAGCAGGUUGGAAAGGCCAAGAACAAUGAGACUGUGGCAUAUAUGGGAAGGAAUGACAUUGUCUACCUGAUCUUUAUACUUGCAUGCAACAAGACCGGCUAUAAGCCUUUGCUCCCUUCAAGCAGACUUUCCGACGAAGCCUACCAACAUAUCCUGGAUGUGACCGAGUGUCGAAAGUUCUUCUACAGCCAUGACAAAGAACGACAGAUCUCGGCGAUGAAGAAUUUCCUCAAAGACACUGAUUUCUAUGAAGUACCAGCAACAGCCGAUAUUCUCAACAGUAGCAACGUACCAGAGCCAUACCCUUUUACCAAAACCUUCGCCGAGGCCGAGAAUGAUGUUGCUUUUAUCAUUCAUAGUUCUGGAACAACAGGAAUGCCAAAGCCCGUUCCCUUGACGCACGGUUUCGUCGCGACCCUAGACUCUGUUGGCUUUCUACCUACCCCCGUAGGCCGUCGUGUAGCUGCGCCAAACGAUCCUACCUCUAACAACCUUGUUCUCGUCACUACCCCUUUCUUCCACCUCAUGGGCCUCUACGGUCUUACGUCCGCUAUCUUCCACAACACCCCCUUCGUGAACCUUCCCGACAAGCCGGUCUCGGUUGACCUUGUCCUGGACACGAUACGCGCAACCAAUCCAACAAUCACGUUACUCGCGCCAGCCAUCCUGGAGGAUAUAAGUCAGACACAGGCUGGACUGAACUGUCUCGGAACAUUAAAUGCAGUCAUUUAUGCAGGUGCUCCUCUGGCCGCGGAUAUCGGCAACCGAAUCGUCCCCUACACCAAAGUUGUGACCCUCAUAGGCUCGAGUGAAAUGGGCAUUAUCAGCUCUCUGGUCCCAGAGGGAGAAGGAAACUGGGGCUAUUUCGAGUGGAACCCUGCAUAUGGUGUUGAUAUGCAGCAUCGAGGCGAGGAGUUGUAUGAGCUUGUCAUUCCUCGUCGGGAGUACUCCCGAGCCAUCCAUGGCAUCUUCCAUACCUUCCCUGACAAGACCGAGUAUGCGUCGAAGGACUUGUUUGUGCAACACCCGUCGAAUCCGAAGCUGUGGAAGUACCAUGGUCGCUUUGAUGAUGUGAUUGUGCUCAGUAAUGGUGAAAAGCUUAACCCAGUGACUCUGGAAAAGAUGGUCGAGUGUCACCCGAAGAUCUGUAGGGCGGUGUUGAUCGGACAGGGUCGGUUCCAGACUUCGUUGCUGAUUGAACCAUACUGGAACGAACAGGGCAAGACUAUCGAUGAGGCUGCGUUCAUUGAUGAGGUCUGGCCCGUGGUUGAACGGGCAAAUGUGACCGUGCCAAACUAUGGACGCAUUGCCAGAACUAUGAUCAAGCUCUCCUCCCCUGAAAAGCCAUUCAAGACUACGCCCAAGGGUACAACGCAGCGCCAGGCCGUUAACAGAGAUUAUAAGGAAGAGAUAGACGCCAUUUACGCCUCUGCUGAUCAGCAGUUGAAUCGGUCACUUCCUGAAACCAUCUCCUUGCACAAUAUUACACAAUACGUUAACGAAACCGUCUGCUCUCUUCUUGAAAGGGAGACAAUUGACAACGACGAGGACUUGUACUCUGCGGGCCUCGACUCCCUACAAACAAUUCAGUUGGCCACGAUACUCCGCAAUGCCGUCUCUUUUCAGAUGCCUGCUGGCGAUCGCCCACAGAUCACCGCUCAGCACAUCUAUGCCCAUUCGACAGUCACCCAACUAGCACAAUUCCUCGUGAAGGUUAUCACUGGUGGCACUCUCGCAAUCAUUCCCCGCCACGAGCGAAUCCAGAACAUCAUAGCCAAAUACACAGACGACAUCCCAGCGCGUCAUCUCUCCCAGGCUCAACUACCUCCAUCCUCGACAGUCAUAUUAACCGGAUCGACCGGGUCUUUGGGAGCCUAUCUCCUGUACACUCUCCUGAUCAACGAGAAUGUCUCUAAGGUUUAUUGUUUCAACCGCUCCGACGCCCAGUCACGCCAAAUCCAAAGCUUCAAGGAGAAGGGCCUCAAUGCCGCUCCGCUGUCUGACCCUUCAAGAGUAGAAUUCCUCAAGGUUUCCUUCGGAGAGCCACAUUUCGGGAUCGACGAUACAAAAUACACUUCCCUCCUAAACACAGUCGACCUAAUCAUUCACAACGCCUGGAAAGUCAACUUCAACCACCCGCUCGAAUCCUUCGAAGACCCGCACAUCAAGGGUGUCCGAGAGUUCAUCUCCUUCAGCCUCGAAAGCAAAUACAACGCACACCUCUCCUUCGUCUCAUCCGUCGCGACAAUCGGCGCCUGGACCUCGGAAAUGGGACCAGUCGUUCCCGAACUCCCUCUCGAGAAUGACGAAGCAGUGCUAAAGCAGGGCUACGGGGAGUCAAAACAUGUCUCGGAACGCAUGUGUGUGAUUGCAUCGGAGAAAGCUCGCGUGCCCACUACUAUCUUCAGAGUUGGGCAGAUUGCUGGCCCUACUACGGAGAGUGGACUUUGGAACCCCGAUGAAUGGCUCCCAACUAUUGUCGCGACGUCAAAGGCUCUCGGAAAGGUUCCGAGCACCCUCGGUUCGAUGCCCAUUGAUUGGGUUCCUGUUGAUACUUUGGCCCAGAUUACAGUUGACGCUCUUCAAACCCGUCGGGGAACCCUUUCUGAAACACCAAACGCCUUCUUCCACCUCAUGAAUCCUAACCACGCGACCUGGUCUUCGCUCAUCCCUGCAAUCGAAUCGAAAUAUAAUACAAAGACAGUCCCUUUCCCCGAAUGGAUCGCUGAUCUGGAAUCUAUCAAGAACCCGUCUGACCAGGAUGUUCGGGACAAGCCGGCUCUGAAACUCCUCGAUUUCUACCGCGGGUUGUCCAGUGGAGAGGGCAUGUUAUCGGCUGAUAUUAGUGUGCAAAGGACGAAGGAGGCAAGUGAGACGAUGAGGAGCUUAGGGCCUAUCUCGGCUACGCUGAUGGAGAACUGGAUUGAGCAGUGGGGCUUUUAA